CUGGCGUAUAUAAGGCUGUGCUUGUAGCCUCGUGUCAGUCGACUCGUGCAAGGCUUUCCACACACUCAUCAUGAAGGUUCUGCUGAUGUUGGUGUUGGUGGGGGCUGCCAUCGCCCUGCCCUCCCCGCAGCCUGGACCUCAACCAGACCCACAGCUACUCUACUACCCGUUCACAUACCCCUACAGCACCUACACGCUCAAGUCUGCCACUCCCGCUGCCACCGUCCCGCUGACCUACUCCUACCCUGGAUUCGGAUAUGGCUUCCCAUUCAACUAUCCCUUCGGGUAUAGCCUGGUGGCACCUGCUGUAGAACCUGCUGCACCAGCUGCUCUUACAAAGUCAGCACCUGCCGCACCAGCUGCUGCUGCACCUGCAAAACCAGCUGCUGCUGCACCUGCCACACCAGCUGCUGCUGCACCAGCUGCACCUGCCGCACCAGCUGCACCUGCCGCACCAGCUGCUGCUGCACCUGCCGCCCCAGCUGCUGCUGCACCUGCCGCCCCAGCUGCUGCUGCACCCGCCGCACCAGCUGCUCCUCCGGCGAAGUCACCACCUGCUGCACCCGCGGCCUAAUGGACAUCAGUAGCAGUUAAAGGCGUCGCCAGCUCACCGGCAGUGUCCCUCUGUCUGCACCGAGACCACCGCCACAUCACAGGACUCGUCAUGACUGAUUUUUAUAAACACAAUGGGACGGUGCAGUCGUGGUGCUGGGGCGAGGUGGGACCCCUUACUUCAGCCAUGGUGCUGGGGCAAGGUGGGACCCCUUACUUCAGCCAUGGUGCUGGGGCGAGAUGGGACCCCCUUACUUCAGCCAUGGUGCUGGGGCAAGGUGGGACCUCUUCCUUCAGCCAUGGUACUGGGGCGAGAUGGGACCCCCUUACUUCAGCCAUGGUGCUGGGGCAAGGUGGGACCCCUUACUUCAGCCAUGGUGCUGGGGCGAGAUGGGACCCCCUUACUUCAGCCAUGGUGCUGGGGCGAGUUGGGACCUCUUCCUUCAGCCAUGGUGCUGGGGCGAGGGGGGGUACCCGGCCAUCACCCUCCACCCACCAGGGCUGCCACCACAAUCAUUAACAGUACUACUAAUAUUCAGUGUUUCUGUACAGUAAUAUUACAAUUACAUUCUCAUGAUACAUAUCUGGGCAGGAAAAAGUACAGUAUAUGAUAAUAUUUUCAUCCCGUAUUGUGCAGUGUCGUGGGUAAUGCUAAUAAUUUUAAAAUUAUAAUUGCAAAUCAUUUAAUAAUAAUGAGAAUAUCAAAUUAAAUUAAUAAAAUAAAUCAUAUAAUUAA